AUGGGAGAAACCGUCAACGUUAGUACGAAUGGUGCACAACACGCCAACUCCACUGCGGACCCGUCGGCCCUUGCUGCCAACCCAGACGACAAACCCCCUAUACCGGGGCCCGAUCGAAGGGACGUCAAGGAAGCGCUGCGUGCAAAAGUAGCCGUCGACGAAAAGUCGUCACCGUCAUCCACGGCGGUAGAUGACAAGCCAGCCUGCUCCCAUCCGCACACGCUCUCGGCCGAGCACGUCGCUCGUCAGCUCGCCACCGACACCAGCGAUGGUCUGAACGACGACGAGGUCGCCUCCCGGCUUGCCCGGGACGGCCCGAAUGCCAUCAAGGGGGCUAAAGGCCCGUCCGUCUGGGAAAUCUUCCUCCAGCAGGUCGCCAACGCCCUGACAGUGAUCCUCAUCGCCGUCGCCGGCCUCUCCUUCGGCAUCGGCGACUUCAUUGAGGGCGCCGUCGUCGUGGCCGUCAUCCUCCUCAACAUCGUUGUCGGCUUAAUCCAGGACUACCGUGCCGAGCAGACCAUCCAGUCCCUCUACGCCCUGUCUACGCCCAAGUGCAACGUCGUCCGCAACGGCCAGGCCGAGACGGUCCAGGCCGAGACGCUCGUCGUCGGCGACGUCGUCUCCCUCGUCACCGGCGACGUCGUGCCCGCCGACCUGCGCCUCGUCCAAGGCAUCAACUUCUCCACCGACGAGGCCCACCUCACGGGCGAGUCGGUCGCCAUCAGCAAGAAGCCCGACGCCGUCCUCGCCGACGCCGACAUGCCCGUCGGCGACCGUGUCAACCUCGCCUACUCGGGCAGCUCCGUCACCCGCGGACGCGCCACCGGCAUCGUCGUCUCGACCGGCAUGGACACCGAGGUCGGCCAGAUCGCCGAGAUGCUGCGCAGCAAGCCACGGGUCCGGCGCGGCGACGACGCCGUCACGAGAGUCCUCUUCGGCGCCUACCACAGCCUCCGCGGCAUCCUCGGCCUCGAGGGAACCCCUCUACAGGUGACCCUCUCCAAGUUUGCCCUCCUCCUCUUCACCCUCGCCAUCCUUCUCGCCGUCAUCGUCUUCUCCGCGAGCCUCUGGGACAUCACCGACGACGUGCUGCUCUACGGCAUCUGCGUCGGCGUCGCCGUCAUCCCCGAGUCGCUCCUCGCCGUCCUCACCGUCACCAUGGCCGUCGCCACCAAGGCCAUGGUCAAGGGCCACGUCAUCGUCCGCCAGAUGCCCUCCCUCGAGGCCGUCGGCGGCGUCACCAACAUCUGCUCCGACAAGACCGGAACCCUGACGCAGGGACGCAUGAUCACCCGCAAGGUCUGGCUUCGCGAGGACCUCGUCGGCUCCGUCGACGACACCGCCGAUCCCUACGACCCGAGCAGCGGCGUCGUCUCCUGGACCGCCUCCCUCGCCGACACCUGCUUCGAAGCCUUCCUCAACGCCCUCGUCCUCUGCAACAACGCGACCGUGACGGACGGCAAGAAGGAGCCCGAGACGGACUCGAGCAGCGUCACGACGGCCUUUGAGCCUGCCGAGUGGAAGGCCGUCGGCGAGCCGACCGAGAUCGCGCUCAAGGUCUUCGCCUUGCGCUUCGGCAGGAACAAGACGUCGUCGGAUCGCUUCGUCGCCGAGCACCCAUUCGACUCGUCCUGCAAGCUCAUGAGCGUCGUCUACGACGGCCCAACCGACGGCCGCCGCUUCGUCCACACAAAGGGCGCCGUCGAGGUCAUGCUGCCCAAGCUCGAUGAGACGGACCAGCUCAAGCAGGCCAUCCACGACGAGGCCGAGGCCAUGGCUGCCGACGGCCUGCGCGUCCUCUGCAUCGCCAACAAGGUCAUGGGGGACCGUCCGGAGGACGACGUGCAGGACCGCGCCAAGGUCGAGUGCAACCUGCGUUUCCUGGGCCUCGCCGGCCUCUACGAUCCGCCUCGUCCCGAGACGGCCGAGGCCGUGCGUCGCUGUCGCGAGGCCGGAAUCUCCGUCCACAUGGUCACGGGCGACCACGUCAAGACGGCGACGGCCAUCGCCCACGAGGUCGGCAUCCUGUCCAAGAAUGCCAUGCCGACGGCCCGAAACGUCGUCAUGUCGGCCGCCGAGUUCGGAAGCUUGACCGACGACGAGGUCGACGCCCUCGAAUCGCUUCCGCUCGUCAUCGCCAGGUGCAGCCCCCUGACCAAGGUCAGGGUCAUCCAGGCGCUGCACCGCCGCAAGGCCUUUUGCAUUAUGACGGGCGACGGCGUCAACGACUCGCCGGCGCUGAAGCAGGCCGACGUGGGCAUCGCCAUGGGCGAUCGAGGCAGCGAUGUGGCCAAGCAGGCGUCCGACAUGGUCCUCACCGACGACAACUUUGCCUCCAUCGUCACGGGCAUCCAGGAAGGCCGACGGCUGGCCGACAACAUUCAAAAGUUCCUCCUGCACCUGCUCACGUCGAACCUGGCGCAGGUCGUUCUGCUGCUGAUCGGGCUCGCCUUCAAGGAUGACGAGGGUAUUCCCGUCUUCCCCCUCUCCCCGCUCGAGAUUCUCUGGGCCAACCUCGUGACCUCGUCGCCGCUCGCUCUCGGCCUCGGCCUCGAGGAGGCGCAGCCGGACAUUCUCCAGCGUCCCCCUCGAAGCCUCAAGUCGGGCGUCUUCACCCUCGAGCUCGUGCGAGACCAGCUCGUGUACGGCACGCUCAUGGGCUCGCUGUGUCUAACGUCGUUCAUGCUCGUCGCCUACGCCGCCUCCGGCGACGGUUACCACCCUCUGCCUCAUGGCUGCAACGACGGCAGCGCCGGUGACGGCCUGUGCCACGGCGUCUACCAAGCCCGUGCGACGACCUUUGCCACCCUGAGCUUCCUGCUUCUCGUCACCGCCUGGGAGGUGAAGCACUUCCGACGCAGCCUCUUCGCCAUGGAUGAGCGGUGGGCGGGGCCCUGCUCCGUCUUCAAGACCGUCUACCACAACCGCUUCCUCUUCUGGGCCGUGGUCGCUGGCUUCCUCGUCACCUUUCCCAUCGUCUACAUACCCUACCUCAACACCAUUGUCUUCAAGCACGAGGGGCUCACAUGGCAAUGGGGCGUCGUUUUCGGAUGCGUCGCUAUAUACGUUGCGCUCGUCGAGGCAUGGAAGGCCGUGAAGAGAAGGUUGAGGUUGAGCGUCGACUGGCGGUCGUCAAACCCAACCGUCGAACAGGUGUGA